AUGGUCCAGUUCCUACAACCAAGUGCUAUGAUCAAAUACGUCAAGAGUAAUUCCUUUAAGUCUUAUUUACCAGACUGGAUCAUAACUUUAGUUUUGAUUGUAUACUUUUUUGUCAUUGCUGAACAUGCCAAACCAUUUGAGCGUCAAUUUUCCUUAAAUGAUUUAACCAUAUCACAUCCCUUUGCCUUAACAGAACGUGUCACUGGGGUAGAAUGUAUCCUAUUAGCAUCUAUGAUUCCAAUAGUGACUAUCUUCAUUGUUACAUUAAUCAAAUCUAAAGAUGGUACUUUUACUUCCGCCCAUCAAACUUUACAUCAUUUACAAAUCAGUACAUUAGGGUUAUUGGUUUCCUUAAUAGUGAAUGGAGUACUUACAGAUAUACUCAAAAAUUGGAUUGCUAGACCAAGACCAGAUUUCUUAGCUAGAUGUGGUCCACAACCUGGUACUACAUUCAAUCAAUUAGUUGACAUAUCCGUAUGUACGGCACCUUUCGGCCAAGCAAUCUUAACUGAUGGUAUGAGGUCUACUCCAUCUGGUCAUUCAUCAAUAAGUUUCAGUGGCUUGUUAUAUUUAACCCUUUGGUUAUUUGGUCAAUUCAAAUUAUUACAUACAACACCUCAACAUUUACAUAAAUAUUUAUUAGCAUGUUUACCUGUAUUAUUAGCUAGUUACAUUGCAUUGAGUAGAACUCAAGACUAUAGACAUCAUUUUGUUGAUAUUAUUAUGGGGACUAUUAUGGGAAUAGGAUUUGCAUUUUGGUCAUAUCAUCGUUAUUUCAAUAGUCUUGUUUCAGACGAGUCAGAAAAACCUUUAGACGAAGAAAGCUCUUCAGAGUCAUUAUUACCACGUUAA